AUGGGAACUUUUGGUAUGCGAUACAGUUGCGUUUACAUUAGUCAAAUAAACAGCAGUUUCUCUGCCGCGAUUUGUUGUAUACCACCGUUGAUUUUUGUAUAGCUCCUCCAGCUGUCGAUUCUGUUCGCUUCAUCAGUUUCCUCAGUUUAGUUUCAUCAUUCGACCUCGCCGGUUCUGUUGCGUCCGUCUUUUCACAAUUUUUAUUUUUUUUAUUUCCUAAUUAAUCCCUUACCUGUGCGCUGUGUAUAGUGUGUAGUCAAAAGUGUGCAGAUCCACCGCUAGUUCGGGGAUUUUUCGUGAAUUUCUCGCGGCUCGUAAUUAACGUGGGUUUACCUGGCCGCCUGCGGCAAAAGCAUUAAUAGCGUGACGCCCCUCAUCACAGCUGUCCAGCGUCAAAAAGCUAAUCACCGCAUUGAAAAAAAAACACGUCGUGUGAGAGAACUGAGCUGUCUCCAAGUGCUGGCUCCUGGGCAUCCUGCUGCUGCUCACAGUCGCCAUCAGUUGGCCCGCGGAGACAGUCGCCGCACCGCGUCGCGCCCGCGGCGUGGAUCUGAUCCUGCCGCACCGCCACCACCCCCGGCCGCUCCACCACCACCAGCACAUCAGGUCGGCCAAGAGCAACAUCGUACCCCUGCGCACCAAUCAGACCCAGGGCAGGGAUAGCUGCGGGGCCAUUAGAAUGACCACCAACAUCUCACACCUGCAACUGGCGCACGAGGUGGCCAGUAAUACGCGGGAGGCGGUCCUCUGCCUGACCAAGGAAUGGCUGAGGAGCCAGCAGCACAACCUGAGCGGCGAAAUUCAAGCCUACUCCAAGCACUCGAUGGCAGUGAAGCAUCCGCUCCAGUCGGAGGUGGAGAAGGUCAGCUUCCAGAAGGAGCUGGACGACUUCGUGUACGACGGCAAGGUGACCACGGUGGAGGAGGAGAUGCCGGCCAUUAUCGAGUCACUGCUGGUGCUGGAGCACCUGUACGAGAUCAUUGAGUUCGAUCACAUGUCCUGGAACUGCUACUUCAACAGCUUCGUGAGCUUCUUCCACCACAACAUGCACGAGGCCCUCAAGCUGGCCGGCCUGAACGAUGCCUGCAAUCCCAGGACCUCCGAGUACAAUGCCCACUACAUACAUCCUGUGUUCGGCGCCGCCGUCGAGACCAUCAAGGUGCUGACCAUCAUCGAGCACAAGUACGCGCAGCUGAUCCACCUCUACUCGCAGUCCGCUGGCCAGAGUUAGAUGCUCCGCAGGAGCGGACGCAGCCAUACCAAAAAUCAUCGCCUCCGAUAACCCAAUGCAAUCUCAAGCUCAUAGGCUAUGCCCACGUGUUACAUAUCCGUGCUCGUCUGGCACGCACUCUCAUCUGCCUUAGACCCUAUUAUUUAUUAUAACUUAUUAACUUAUUAACUUAUUCGCCCCCAUUGCCCCAUCCCUAUAUUUACGUAUUUAUAUCGCCUUUGCAUCCUAUUUAUAUACAUAUAUCACCACACUCACUGAACACAUUCACCGCCUCGCAGGCUCGAUAACUUAUGAAAACUAUGACUUAAGUGUAUUUUUUUUAUAU